GUGAUUAACACAUGCCGGAAUGCUGGGGAAAAUAAAGCACCUGGAUGUUCCUAAUGGAAGGAUGGUGCUGGCAGUUUCUGAUGGAGAGUUAAAUAAUUCAAUUCACGAUGGACGAGGAAGCAACCACAGUCUCAACAGCCUGCCCAGUUCACAGAUUUGUGGCCUUGCUUCAGAGAAAUCAGUGGCCAGCUGGGCUGUAUCAUUUGAGAGGCUUCUUCAGGAUCCACUUGGGGUGGAGUAUUUCACGGAAUUCCUAAAGAAGGAAUACAGUGAAGAGAAUAUAAAUUUCUGGAAGGCGUGUGAGAAAUUCCAUGCCAUCUCUAAUGAUGAUUCGGCAAAGCUUUUGCAAGAAUCGCGCAAGAUCUACAAUGAAUAUCUUUCCAGCAGCUCCCAGUGUCCAGUCAAUGUUGAUCAGCAGGCUCUUAUUACAGAGGACAUGCUGGAAACGCCCUCCCCGGAUCUGUUUAAUGCACAGCAACUGCAGAUUUUCAACUUAAUGAAGUUCGACAGCUAUGCCCGCUUUGUCAAAUCUCCAUUGUACCAGGACUGCAUGCUGGCAGAAGUGGAGGGUCGACCUUUGCCCAACUUCUCAACAACCAAUCCAGUUGCAAGCUGCCAUGUUCAUGCUUCUGGAGCAGUAAAGAAAAAUAAACUGAGGGCUGGAAAGUCUCUGCCAGUUGGAAUUGAAGGGGCAAGCUUAGAAACUGUAGCAGACAAAUUACAUCGCAGAUCUUUUAAGAAGAAGGACAGAAAAGGACAUUGCAAAGAAACUUUAGACAGCCGCGAACUCUCAUCUCGCCGGGAAUCAUGGGUAUCACUUAACUCCAAUAACAGUCUGGAGCUGAGUCUCAACUCUUCACUGACAAGCAAAUCUGAGAAUGAAGGUGGGAGCACAGGCAGCACAGACCCGGAAGCAGAUAUCAAAUCAAUAAAAUAUUGUUGUGUCUAUCUCCCUGAUGGCACCGCCUCACUCACAGCUGUCAAACCAGGUUUAACCAUUCGGGACAUGUUGGUCGGGGUUUGCGAAAAACGUGGAUACUGUCUCACCGAUGUGAAAGUGUUCUUAGUAGGAAAUGAAGAGAAGGCCUUGGCCCUGGAUCAGGAGUGUUUGGUACUAACAGAUCAGGAAGUGAGACUGGAAAACAGGAUAAGCUUCGACUUACAGAUGAACCCAAUGAAUAAAAGUAUUCGAGUUGUGUCAAAACCCACUAAGACCAUCGGAGAGGCCCUAUACUCAAUACUAAAGAAAUAUGGACUGGAGAACCACGAGAUUGUUCUCACUAAGGCUGGACAGUCCCAUGCAUUAGAUCAAAAGAGCUCUGUGAAUGAAGUGGCAGGGCAGAAACUCAAUUUGGAAGUUGUCAAUUUCAGUGAUCCUAAGAAAGCUAUGGGCACUACAGCUGAGCAUCUUACAAAGAAACACUCUACAAAGGAACACAGAGAAGACAAAGGCAUUCCAAUGACAGAACCUUACCACAGGGCAAAAAAUGAGCCUCAUAAUGGGAACCAAGUCUCAUCAGAACACAGGCAUGCAGAGGCUCCACAUGGGAAACAUAAGCCUCAUCGGCAUAAAUAUGAUAUUGAAGGAUUGGUUGAGUUGCUUAACAAAGUCCAGAGCUCUCGAGCAGAUGACCAGCGUGGAUUGCUCUGUAAAGAAGACUUGGUCCUACCAGAAUUCUUGAAGGUUCCUACAGACAAGGAAUGUAGUCACUGCAGCAUGGCCAAUGCUGAUGAAUCGGCAGUUAUCAUUACGAAUGUAGUGUGCAGCCUGGAUCUGUCACAAGCUUCUGAAAGUUGCAGUGAACGCAACUGUUCCACAAACUCCAUAUCAUCAGCAUUUAAAAAGGAGUGUUUAGCAGAGUCACAGGCAAACACUGCAAAAGGCGUAGCACCCCUUCAUGCUGGGACACAUCGAAACUCAGAAAGGAUACCAGAGGUUAUUGUUUCGGAUUCUACCUGUUCACAUUAUACUUCAGCAAAGAAGCCAAGUAGUGUAUUGCAAUAAGAUACUGUUUGGUUUAAUCAAAAGACAUAAAUCUAAUUGUCUGUAUAAACUCAUUCAACAAGACUACACAGAGCACACAGGAUUUAAAGACGUACCUGAGACUACAUAUGUGACAGAAGUUAAAAUAAGGGUUGCAUUUCUAAUAAUAAGUUUCUCAUUUAUGAAAAGUCACAUUAGCCUAUUUUUUUUAUAUUUAUUUGUGUGUGACAAUUUUUUUUCAAAUAAUUUGUGUGUUUUCUAAAGUAUAUUCAACUUUCCCUUAGAGUUUUUCACCUAAAUGUGUUCACUGUUCAGCAGCUCUGAGGAAUUGAAAGCUAUUAUAGCCUAUUGCCAAAAUAUCUUGCACAUCAGUGGAUCAAAAAACAUUUUUUUUAUGACAAGGAAAAAUCCUUAGAAUUGUAAAGAGUCAUUCACACAGGAAAAAAAAACCCUCGUUAUAAAGUAGUAAAUUAAAAAAAAAAGUGUAAAGGUGUGUUGUGUAGAAAUUUGCCAAAUCUAAAAUUUUUCUCAUGUUAGAAAAGUUUUCCAGGGCUAUAUUAGGAGUGAGGGGAUCCUGGGCAUUGCUAGUAGGUUAAGAUGAAGUUUAAAACAAAUUAAGAAAUUAUAUAUUAUAUUAGAUUAUAUAUAAUUAUAUAAAUUAACUAAAACCCCUAGCAUCCCCCCUCAUAGCAAAGAGGCUCAUGACAUUCUGGGGACCUGUUGAAAUGCCCUCACUGCUUUACCCUACAAUCAGUCUUGAAUUACCAUUACCCCUGAAGUGCAUUAUCAUAUUUCAUGUUUCUAAUUUGCUAAAACUAAAACUCUGAGCAACAAAACAACGCGUUACAAUCAAGUGUCAAUUCGUAUCAUAUGAUUGACAUUUCGAAAAACAAAACGAAAACCUAGAAUCUUUGGUAUUAUCCAGCACAAUGUCAAGAAAUAACUUAAGGGACAUCUGCCAUUGAUGUCUACAUGACCUCGACAGGUUUGAGAUGGCGUAUAAUCUCUAAAAAUGAAAGUUUUUUCCCCACAAAAAAUUUAAGUUUUUCCCCAAAAAACCUUGACCAGAAAAAAUUGAGGUUUAAUAAAUGGGCCCCUUAGUAAGCUUUAAUGAUAAGUAGGUAAACAUCUCCUAUUGGUCCAAUCACUAGUGUGUGCAAUCUGACAAAGAGGCUGAACCAAUGUGCUCAGGAGAAGAUCCUUAUAGAAUGCAUUUGCCCAUGAGCAGGGCUGUCCAACUGGAGAUCCAUGUGCCUGAUAUGGCCCUUCAAGAGAUUUGCAUAGACCUCAGACUUCUCAAGUGCUCUGUGGAUCUCAUUGGUUAACAUUAUAUUUUUUUAUAAUAUGAACUUCGAACAUCUAGGGGCAGAUUUACUAAGGGUCGAAGUGAAUUCGGAGUGAAUAUUCAAAUUCAAAAACUGAUUCAAAGUGAAAAUGCUUUGACUAUUUGAUAAUCAAAGUACUGUCUCUUUAAAAAACUUCGACUUCGCCACCUUAAACCUGCCGAAUUGCUAUGUUAGCCUAUGGGGACCUCCUAGAACAUAUAGCCAACAUUUGGCUAAGUUUUUAGAAGUCGAAGUCAAAACGAACGAUUGUACGAUUAAAUCGUUCUAAUCGUUCGAUUCGAAGUACGAUCGUAGUAUGAUCGUAGUAAGAUCGUAUGAUGUUAAAAAUCCUACAAAUUCGACUUCGAAUGUCUAACUAACCUAUUCGAUGGUCGAACUUUGAAAUUCGACCCUUGAUAAACCUGCCCCCUAGUGAAUAACUGGCCCCAUGUCUAAAUGCAGUUAGAAAGCACUGCCCUAAAGUACAAUGUGGUCAGCCUUCAUAUAAAGCAAAUUAAGAACUUAUUUGUUGCUAUUAAUAUUAUUACAUAUACUGUAUUUGUAUUUAGUGGUACUAAUUUGAGACGUAGAGUAUAUAAUAUAAAUUGUUAGAAAAAUGUACUUGUCCAAGGGGACAAAUAGGACUCAUGAACAGAACCCCAGUCAUAAGCAAUAUUAAUAAUUUAUAUAUUUCUAUAAUAAAAGCAAGAUAUGUCUAAUGUC